AUGAGCGCCUCCGAUGAAGUGUCCAUCUGUGGAGCAGGUUUCGGGGAGGAGGGCGGGGGGCAGGCCGGCGUCUGCCCUGCCAGCCCCGGAGCCCCGCGGGGCCCACCGGGACUAGGUGUGGAUCUGGGGCCGCCACCCAGCGGUGAGGGCGAGGGCGGGGUCCCAGACCCCGAGGGCUUCGAGUCCGAGCGGGAAGUGACGGAAACGGGAGAGCCGGUGUUCUGGGACCUAGUAGGCCGCCCCGGCUCCCCGACCGACCACACGGGGGACGCCCUGGAUUGCGCGUCCCACCUUGCGGACGAGGCCGUGGCGGCCAUCGUGCAGCAGCUGACCAACCAGGAUGGCCUGGGCGUGCGGAGAAACCCGUACCCGGAGGGCUGCGUCGUGGAGGCGGGCCUGGAGGCAGGGCCCCGAGGGAGAGGCGCGCUUGCCCUUAGCCGCAGAGAGUCGCAGCCGCCUGCCGCCGCCCUUCUCCGCCUCGGUGGGCCCGAGGGAGGCCCGGCCUGGGCGAACCCGAAAAGAGGCACGAAGAGCAGGUCGAAUGUCGCCGCGGUGGAUCGCCAGCGGCCCUCCGCAGAAAGCCCGGGCGAGCUGCUUUCCGACAGCGAGUCAGCAGAUGAGUUUAGUGAGAUACAGCUGAUGAGGGUGAGCAUUUACGCCAAAAGAGGAGGCCAACUCAAGCCCAACAGCCCCGAGGAUCCCUGGGACACACCCAGACACUCGAAAUUCGAUGUCAGGGAGAAUUUCCUCCACAUGCUUGGCUCUUUCCCGUCCUCCGCUCCCCGAGGACUCACUUCGGUUGUGGAGAGUCAGGCCGUUGGAGAGCUGGAUAUCUCCUCCUCUAGGAAAAUGCAGAGCGUGGUCAGGGGGAAGGGGGGGAACAGGCCCAGCUACCCAAGAUUUGCUGCUGCGGGCGGCCUGCCCCGGGACACCCCUAAGAAAAAGGUGGCCCAGGAGAAGAAAUCCCCAGGGGGGACCUCAAAUGUUGCCCUGGGGAGAAUGUUCCCUUCCUGGGGGCAGAGAGUCUCCGCGGCACCCCUGGAAACAGCCGCCUUCCCCCCAGUAACUGGUGUUCCGCUGUUUGGGAGGUCCAAGAGGUAUUCCUUGGUCCCUCCGGGAACCAAACAGUCCAAGCACACCCCUGCUGGGAAGAAAUCUGUGGCCAGGAGGACUCGGAAGGCGGAGCCGGUGGUGGCCGGAGAAGACAAUGACUCAAACAGAGACGCUGUCCCAAACUGGCUGGCUGUGGCUGCAGCUCUGGGAGAGUCCAGCUCAGAGCCACCAGCCUUGGGGACUACCAUCAAGGAUGGGCUGGCCCUGGGAGACAGGAGAGACACGCCCAGGGAGAAGAGUGGAGCUGCUGGCAGAGCAGGGGCAGCUUGUUGCCAGCAGAGGGUGGUGUUGCCUCACGUUAGACCCCACGAAGCCCUUUCCACCUCACUGGGAACCUUGGAAGCUGGAUUUUGUGUUCUUUCCCUCUCAGAUGACCAGGAAGCGCUUGUCCACCCCCCAAGACUGGAAAGGCAGCAGCAACCACCUGGAGCACAGGGCUGUCCUCGGUGUCUCCUGCUGCAGAGAGAAGUUGACAACCUGAAAGAGCAACUUGCGGCCCUGCAGUCCCUGACUGACCAGUUCCAGACCCUUUGAAGUGAGUGUUACACACACCAUACCCCUUCCCACGGUCGUGGUUACUGAGGAGGGCCGUGGGCUGGCCCUGGCCUGAUGCUCUUCUUCCCUGACUCUGCUCUGUUGGACAGGCUGAGUCAGCAUCUCUGUACAAGAGGGGCGGCUGGUACCUUUGGAGCCAGGAAGCUGUGCCCAAGCUGCUUCCCUCCCGUUCGACAUUCGACCUCGGCCUGGGCUUCCUCUCCCUGUUUUUUGCUGCCUCCCCACCCGAGUUCACAGCACCUUCAAA